UUGUGUCCAAACGGUGUUUCUGAUAAUAGCUUAAUAACAGACUCGACGCUUUCUAUAUAACUGCACCAAGAUUAGGAUUUAGGAAGUCUUUAUAAUAGCAACUCUCAGAUGUCUUGGAAUGUAUAGGACGAUAUAAACAAGAGAGGAAAUAGAGGAGAGCAGCUACUUGUGGACAGAAGUGUCUCGUUUUUCAAUGAAACCUCAGGACAAUAUUAAGGAAAAGGGCAACCUGUGGAUAUUUGGAUAUGGCUCCUUAAUCUGGAAACCUGAUUUUGCAUACAAGAUGAGCAAAGUUGGCUUUAUCAAAGGAUACAAGAGGCGCUUCUGGCAAGGAGAUACAUAUUAUCGAGGGGACAAGGAAAAACCAGCUAGAGUGGCCACACUAGUAGAGGAUCAGGAGUCUUGCACAUGGGGAGUGGCCUACGAGGUGACGGACUCCCAGAUUGAUGACUCCCUUCAAUACCUAAACAUGAGGGAAGUUGUGUUGGGGGGUUACAUCACAGAGACGGUGGAGUUCAUCCCUAAGGAGAAGGACCAGGGGGCUCUGUUGGCCCUCGUCUACAUUGCUACUUCUGACAACGCCAUCUUCCUCGGUCCGGCCUCAGACAAGGAGAUUGCCGCCCAGAUUGCCACCUGUAGAGGGAAUACGGGCCACAAUAUUGAAUACCUGGUUCGUCUGGCAGAGUUCAUGAGGCGGUACUGUCCAGAGGUAGAGGACGAGCAUCUCUUUUCUAUUGAAGCGGCAGUUCGGAACAUUUUCCAUGACUGUGGAGGGAUCGAACCCCCUGACCAAAAGUCUGUUCUGCCGGGCACUACAUAAGCAGCAUAAGGCACUCCUUAGUACUUCUUCAAACAAUUGUUCAUCUUUUAAUUACUGGGUGAAAGGGAAAUUAGUUUUUUAUGAUUUGCUUUAAAGGAAAAUUAAGCAGUGGUGACAUUUUCUGUGGCUUAGCUUUUAGGUUGUAACAAAGCCUCACAGAGUUAUGACCUUUUGAGCUUCUGACUUUAAGUUUUUCAAUGGUUGAAGACAGAACAUUUGUACUGUGUACAUUCAUACAUUCUAAUGAUAACACUGAAAUCGGCAUGAAGCGAAUGGUGUUUAGUUUUCCGUGGCUCAAAUCUCAUAUGUAUUCACGUUUACCGUCAAAUGCACUUCCUCAUGCUCCCUCUUCGUGUGACUGAGGAAUGUACAGCUUGAGGUUCUCAGAGGAAAUGCUGACUGUUCCUCAGAGACUGCACAAACCUACUAGCGUUUCAAUAUAUUUUACACUGCAUUGUACUCAUGCAUUUACUCUGAAACAUGUUUACUUUGGAUGUUUUCUAGACACAUCGCGGGUGCUUGGUUAUACAAACGUUUUUCUUUUAUGAUACCAGGAUUGCCAUCCAGGCACAGUGAUGGCUCCGUCUUUUAAAAACUCCUGUUGUGGGAGUAGGGUUUCUUUCUCUGUCUGGACUUUGAUCACGUUACAAUAACAUGUGCACAUGCCAGACUUUAAAAAUAAUUGUUCCAACCAUGGAUAAACUUGCCCACAUUUUAAGCAGCACAGAUACUGUAUGUAUCUCUGUGGCACCCUGUUCUACUUUCCUGGAAAUCACCCCAGAAGUAGGUCAAAGGUUUGAUCUGUGUGAGAGAGAGAGAGAGAGAGAGAGAGAGAGUGAGAGAGAGAGAGCACAGGGACAUCAAGAUCAACAGGAGCUCUCGUGUACAGAACAUGUCCUGAUGAAAGACAUGGACAAGUCAAGUCUCCUGAGAUGGACAUGUUACUAUCCUGUCAUUGCCUAUCUAGAGCUGUAUCCAGUGGUUGUCCUUUUUUAUGAAACAAGGGUACCACUGAUAUAUGAAAUAGACAUUUAUGGCUCCUGCUGUUGCUAAACCACCACUGAAUAUAUGUUCUUAGUGCCGUCUGACACAGAGUGUUUUGUUUUCAAUCAAACUAAUCAAAUCCAGAAUGACAGCGAUGAGUCAACACACAUGUUUGUCUGUGGAUUCCGAUAACAUAACAUGGUAUGAUGUGGUACAUGUGCAAACAUGCACCGCAAACCACCAACAAAGAUAUCUGACUCAGUGCAUCUGGUGUACGCUUUGUCUGCCGGUCCAAACUCUACAUUGUAUUUUUUCUGAGUCGCCAGUAAAGCUAUUCACUAAGUAGAUACAUGAACAGAUAAUGUAUUAAUAGAUUUGUUAUACAAAUCUGUUUCUGAUUUAACAAGACUGUUAGCACGAGGUUCAAUUCAUUUAUUUUGAUAAUUUUCAUCCCUUCCCUAUAUGGCAAUGCCAAUCCUCUCCACCCAGACAUAUUGGUACAAAGUCACAGCAAUUACAGUCUGAGUCAAAACUCCAAUGAGUCAUCGUCAGCAGUUCCAACUGUACGGAAAACAUUGCCACUCCUUAAGGGUUGUUUUAAAUGUGGUUAAGUAGACUGAAACAAACAUUUAUUUUUCUACUUGCAAUGAAAGUUCAAUAAUGUUGCAUUAGAGCAUUUUGAUUUACAGCUCAGUCGGACACUUCUCAUUUGGAGUUAUAACAAUAACGAUAAGUUAAUCAAUAAAGGCCCUUACAACACUGUUAGGGCUCUUUGGAGACGUGCAGAGGGAAUUUGAAACCCUGGAGUCAGAGGAUGCUCUUUCACAAAGAGCAAAACAUUUCCACACCACUAUUAUUUGUGCAUUAGCAUUGAAUAUACUAUGAAACAACAUCAAAUUACAUUAUACUCUGCAUCAAAUAGCAGUGUACAAUACAUAUACAUGGAUGCACUGUGCAUCAAUACCAUUACCCUUCCUGAGGUCACUUGCUCUCCAGGAAAAGAUGUCAUCCAUUAUCCUCUGAACAAAAACGCACACUGAUAAUGAGGAACACACACAAUAACCGCAAAGUGGAGGUUGAGGUCACGUCCUGAGGAAGCGCUUUUAGCCUAUUACGACCCCAAAUAGUGGUCACACAUCCCCAAAAAACAUUUUUUCUACUGAUGCUUUUCGGAGCUCCCACCUGCAUGCUAAUGUGUAUCUAGCCUGAACCCUGACCCCUGACCUCGGCUUGGUCAGUGCAGGGCUGAAGGUCACCCUGGAAGUGUGUUAAAGAGAAAGUGAUUGGGCCACUAAUGGAGUCCAUCCGCUUUAGAGCCCUAGCCCUCUUAUAUUGGGAGGUCAACUCUGUCUGCUGAGUGUCACCUCACCCCUCGCUGGGUUCCUGCCAGUGGACGUGACGUGCUGCAGUCAUGGAGGCCACUUCAUCACAAGAGGAAGACAGUCCAUUAAAAAGGCACAAACAAUGGCUAAUGAUUUGGCAGUAAACCACAUGCUUUCUCUGAACCCUCUAUCAAUCAACAGAAUAGAAACAGAAACUAAUGUUCCUCCAUACAUUAUAUUUUUUACUUUAAAGGGUCACUUUGGUAUUUUUUUAACCUGAACCCUAUUUCUCAUGUUUUUGUGUCUCAGUGUUGCCAUACAGACUUUAAUAGUAGACAAGCACGUUUAAUCAACAUCGGUUGACGAUGAGGAGUUACCCUUUGUGCGUUCUGACUGCUUAGAUCAAAAGACUGAAUCUGGCUUGUGGUUUGGACAUGAGCUGCUACACAUCUUGUUUGACAAAGAAUACAAUUUAGUCUCAUCCAUCAUUUCGCUAUA